AUGCCUUCUUCAAAUAAAAGAAAACACCAUCUUGAGGCUGCAAGAAAAUCAGAAGCUGAGCAUGCGUAUUUAAAAAAAAAUAAAAUAAUGCAUCAAUCUAAUGAUUUAUUGGAUUAUGAAUCAAUUGAUGAAAAACUUGAUAAUCAUAUUUGGGUGGAUGAAGAAAUCGAUGAAAAAGCUAAUAGUAGACCUACUUAUAAUUAUAGUAAUUCUGGAAAAACAUUAAGACAAAAAAAAGCUGAACUAAAAAAAGCAGUACAAAACACAAAAUCUAUUACUUCCUACUUAUCUUUAACCAAUUCUUUAAGGUUUAAUGUUGCUUCAACUUCUAUUUAUAAAUUUUUAGCUACAGAUGCAGCAGCUGUAGAUACAAUAGUGAUUGAUGAGAAUGAAGAUACAAUAAUGAUUAAUAAUGCUGUAGAUUCAAUAGUUAAAUUAGUGGAAAUAAAUAUGAAUAAUGAUAAAGUCUGUAUAAAACAAGCAAUUGAGAAAUUAGACAAUAUGUUAGAAAAAAACAGUAAACAAAUUGAUAAAGGAACUAAGUUUAGUGUGAACCCUAAGGUUCUAAAAGAAUUUGUAGAAAACAAAGUCUUUCCAUCUUUAGGCAUUGAAAAAAAAACAACUAUAAGUGAAAGGACCACAUUAGAAUGGCUUAAAAAUGAAUUUUUAUAUGAACCUUUGGGAUGUGUUCAUUUAACUGUAGAGCAACAUUUAGCCUACUCAAAAAUUCCAAAUAGAUAUAUUACAAAGACAUUUGAAGUUGGUGUAAACCAUAAUGAUUAUUGGAAUGUUCAGUUGCUUACUAAACAAUUUAAGCGAACAAUUGAUGUUUUGGAAAUUGAACUUCUAGGCAUAAUUUUUGUAUUUGCAUUUGAGAAUAGUUUGAGUCAUGGUGCUUUUGCGGAAGAUGCAUUAGUAACAAGCAGAAUGAAUGUAAAAUAUAGUGGCAAACAACCAUAA